AUGCAUUCACAGAAGAAGACAACAUUUAGAAGUGCAGUGUGGGAGUACUACACUCAACCAACACCAGGGCAGGCAGUGUGCAAUACAUGUAAAAAUGUUGUCAGUAUGGGUGGUACAGUGGCAAAAAGUGCCAAUACUUCAAACCUGUGGUCCCAUCUUAGAAUUCAUCACAAUGACUUGUAUAAAUCUGCCCAAUCAAACAAAGCUGAAUCUGAGCAGGGAGCAACAUCCACAUGUCAGCCUACAAUACAUGACAUUUUUCAGAAACAAAAAAAAUGGACAAAUCUGGAUGACAGAUCAAAACAAAUGGACAAACUGACCACAGAAAUGAUCAUUUCUGACAACCAACCAUUCACAAUGGUCUCUGACAUUGGCUUUAAGCGACUCGUGGAUGUGGCAGAACCACGAUAUGCACUAAAAAGUGACAAGUAUUACCGCACUGAGAAGCUGCCAGAAAUCUAUGAAAAGGUUGUAAGCAAGAUUAAAGCCCUAAUCCAGCCAGAGAAGGCUGGAUUCUCACUCUCUUUUACAACAGAUUGCUGGUCAGGAUCAACAGAGUCAAUGAUGAGCCUCACAUGUCAUUUCAUUGACAAUGAAUGGAACAGAAGGCAGGUUGUUUUAAAUACGAGAGUAAUGUACGGAUCUCAUUCUGGGGAAUACAUCAGAGACACAUUCCUGCACAUGCUGGAGGAAUGGGAAAUUACCAAAGACUGUGUAGCUCUGGUCCUGCGUGACAAUGGCGCAAACAUGGUGAAGGGUUUGAGGCUUUCCGAUAUUUCGGACCUUAGCUGCACAGCACAUACGUUGCAGCUGGUUGUGAACGAUGGUUUGGCUAGCCAAAGAGCUGUGAUAGAUGUGAUUGCCAUGCUAAAGAAAUGUGUCACUCACUUCCAACAUUCCAUCUUGGCCAAGCAGCGUCUGAGAAACUUCCAGAGGGACCUUGGCCUACCAGAACACAACUUAAUCCAGGCAGUCCCAACAAGGUGGAAUUCAACACUCCACAUGCUGCAAAGGGCAUUUGAACAAAAGCGUGCUCUUAAUGUCUACUCUGGGGAACACGGCGGUUUUACAUGUCCAACUGCCUACCAGUGGGACAUUGUGUCCAAUUUGAUUGAAACACUCAUCCCAAUUGAGGAAGUGACACUAGAAGUGAGCUACAAUAACUCAUCUGCAUCCAGCAUCAUUCCCUGUGUGACAGUGCUCAAAAUACUACUUGAACAUAAAGGGCCAUCAACACAGGGCAUCAGAACGCUCAGGGAGGUAAUGAGGGAGAGCCUAAUCAAGCGAUUCGCCAAACUUGAAGACUCAAAAAAUGUGGUUCUAGCAUGUCUUUUGGAUCCACGUUUCAAGAGUCAUGCGUUCUCCUCUGCCUCUACACUAAACAAGGCCAAAGAAUGGCUUAAAGAAGAUGUAGAGGAUGCUCUUCAAGAGCAGGUUGAAACAGAGAGAGCCAAUCAAGAGGAGCAGGCAGAUGGAGAGGAGCCCGCAGCAGAAGACCAAGCCUCUAAAAGGCAAAGGAGAGAAGAGACACCUUGCCAUAGCCAAAUAGACAAGAUUUUCAGUUCUCUUCUUGGUCCCCAUACUGGUGAUCUGUCAGACAAGGACAGCAUUGAAGAAGAGUUACAUCAGUACCUCAAAGAGCCAGUGAUUGACCGGCGUAAGGGGGAUCCACUCCAGUGGUGGAGACAGAAUGAAGGGCGCUUCAAGCUACUUGUCAAAGAAGCAAGAAAAUUUCUUUGCUCACCACCCUCAUCAGUCCCUAGUGAGCGUGUAUUCAGUGAAGUGUCUGCAAUUUAUGACAAAAGAAGAAGCAGGCUCACUGGAGAGCAUGCGGAGCAGCUCUGCUUCCUGCACCACAACCUGGUGCUGCUGAAUUGGGACUACUAAUUGUUACCCAUUUUAAUUUACUUUAUAAAACUUCAGAGAGAUUACAUUUAUUUUCCAUUAUU